AUGGCAGACGUUCCUGUGCCGGAGACCACUGCAGAAGAGGAGUUCGAGCUCUUUGGUCCAGGACCAGCGCCUGAAGGUGCUCAGCAGGAAGCAAAUCCGUUUGCUCCUGUGCAAGGUCCGGCUCCUGCUCCUCCGCAAGCAGCACAGCCUUCUGUACCAGCGGCGGGUUCGCCAUCUGGUGCGACUGUGCCUCCUGUGCAAAGUCCAAAGGCGUCGGCUCCACCUGUUCAGAGUCCGAAGGCUGCUGCUCCGAGUAGCAGCUCUGGUUCUGCAGGUUUUACGCCUGAGCAGAUGCCUGGAUUCAUGAUGGAAUUGCUUCGUCAGCAGAGAGAGAUGAUGGCAAUGAACCAGCAGCUCGUUGCGACGAUGCUCCGGAGAAUGGAUCUGGAGGAAGAGAGAAGGAACAAAGCGGAAGAGAAAGUUCACGAGGCAGCUGAAGCGGCCAAGCAGGCAGCAGAGGCAGCUAAGACUCGGGACCCCUUCCAGCCGAGCACUGCUCCCGCGAGCAGUUCUGCCGCGAGUUCGGCAGUUUCUCCGGCAGUUCCGUCUCCCUCUGGGUACUCUGGUGCUGGAGGCCGUGCAGAGAAGUAUCUGCCGAACCUUCCGGUGAUAGACCAUCAAGGCAUGGGGAAAGGGCGCAUGAAGGAGGUAGAGACUUGGCACUCCUUUAUGGAGACGCUGAGUUCCUGGCUUGCCCUGCAGGAAGAAGCGUUUGUUCGGGAACUGCAGCUUUGUAUCCCUGUGAAGAAGGAGAUUGUGCAAGCUGACUUGAAUCCCGAGACUGCCGCGCGUAGCUCAAAGCUGUUCUACUACUUGACGCAGUCCCUCGCCAAGUGGGAGCGGGGAAGCGAGCUCUUGAGGUCCUGCUCGAAGAGGCAGGGGCAGAGCGCCUGCGGCUACGAGGUGAUUAGAACGAUUACCUCUCAGUACUCCAUCGUGUCGUGGAUGGAAGCUGUCUUCGUGAGAGAACAGGCUUUGAAGUUGUACCAGCACGUUGGGCAUCUGAAGAGGCCCACCGACUUGAUUCGACAUCUUGAGGAUUCGUUUUCGAAGUCUGAAGCGAAGCUGAGCAACUUUCCGGAGCUUCAGCUGUCUGAGGCUGACCGCUGCUCUGUCCUGUUACAGAGCUUGGGUGCAGAAGUGCGUCAGUACGUGGUACUGCACGGGUCCAGCUCGAACUGGGAAGCUCUUCGAAGGACGCUGACUUACUACGAGGAGCAGCUGCGACUGUGUGAGGCCCCUGGGUCUUCGGGCCGAGCCUUGCAGGAGAAGCUUUGCGACUACUGCGGGAAGAAGGGACACACAGCCGACAAGUGUUGGCAGCGCCAAAAGGAAGAACGCGGUGGUGCUCCGAAGGGCAAAGGGAAAGGAGACAAAGGAAAGCCGAAAGGCAAAGGCGACCAGACUCCCAAGGGAUCUGGCACGCCCCGUGGUUCCGAGAAGGGCAAGGGCCGAGUCGGGAGGAAGCGCCACAGUGAUGGCGAUGAGGUUUUCCUGUCCGGGGCGUGGUUCUUCGGAGCCCUCUUCUUCGGAUUUCGUGUUGUCAAGAAGUACGACCGAACGGCCAAUCUGUUCAACGCCUCGGGUGGUGCGAUCGUCGUUUCGGGGGUCGUCGACCUUGAGGUUCAUUUUGGGGAUGUUUUCCUGAGGUUGGAAGAGGUCUUGGUGGCGGAUGUUGGGUUCAACGUUGUUUCGCCUUGGACCGGGUCGGAACGGGGCUGGAAAACCUAUCUAGCCAAAUCGGGAUCACGAUUGUACAAAGGAAACGGAAAGAAGAGCAUCAAGCUGAUGGGCGCUUCGCGCGCCUGGUGGGCUCUGAGCGGGAGGUCCAAGGGCCGGGGGAAAGAGAAUUCUUCCAGACGCCCCCCGAAAGGGAUCGAGGACAUGGAGAUAGAUGCCUUGAAGGACCGCGACCUGCUAGGAUCGAGCAAGGAGUCCACCGCAGGACCCCAGAAGCCUGGAGAAGGAAUCCUGAAGAAAGGAAGAAAGACUUCGGAAGAAGACGAGUCUGGCCGCCACGCUUUGGCUGCAGUGCACGGCGCUUGA